AUGUCUUUGAAAAAUGCACUUACUCGACUAAAACAAAUACCAGCAGUUCAGCAACAGUUCAAUGUAUUCACUAGUUUGAAUCAAGCAGCGGAAGAACAGUUGAAAGGAGGCAAUUUGGAUAAGCAAAACAGCGAUGCACCGCUUCAGAACCUGUUAUGCGCGAUCAAGGACAAUAUUGUCACCAAGGAUCUACCAACAACCUGUGCAUCCAAGAUGUUGGUCAAUUAUAUGUCCCCCUACAAUGCCACGGUGGUAGAGCUUUUGGCAGUAGCCGGAGCCGUAAAUGUGGGAAAAACCAACCUUGACGAGUUUGGAAUGGGUUCUGGGGGUACGAAAUCACAUUUUGGACCAACUAAAAACCCAUUAUUUCCAGGUAAAGAUGUGAUCGCCGGAGGAUCAUCAUCAGGAUCUGCUGCUGCAGUCGCAGCAGACGUCGCAGAUUUCGCUUUAGGAACAGAUACUGGAGGCUCGGUCAGACUUCCAGCAUCCUAUACAUCGGUAUUAGGAUUCAAACCAUCUUACGGUAGAAUUUCAAGACAUGGAGUCAUCGCUUAUGCUCAAAGUUUUGAUACUGUCGGGAUCUUGUCGAAAAAUAUCGGUGUGAUUGACAAAGUGUUCAAAGUCUUGGACAAAAGCGACUCAAAGGAUCCAACCUGUCUUGAUGAAGACUCACGGGCGAAACUGCGGUCUGUAGUUCCGCAACAACGCAAAAAUAAACUCAGAAUAGGCAUACCGCGAGAGUUUACACCUGAAGGUGUUCAUUCAAGUUCUGUAAAAAGGUUUCUCGCGGUGGUGGAGCGUUUGAUUGCCAAGGGGCAUGAAUUUUACCCAGUAUCGCUACCUGACAUUAAACAUUCUCUUCCAAUCUACUAUACUUUGGCUCCAGCUGAAGCAGCGUCGAAUUUGGCCAGAUAUGACGGUAUAAGAUAUGGUUUCAGAAAUGAUACGAAAGACUCCAUUGAUAAUGUCUUAUUUGCUCCGACACGAGAAAAUCUAGGGUCCGAGGUCAAGACCAGAGUCGUUUUGGGUAACUACAAUCUGUGCUCGGAAUUCGUCGAUAACCAUUACAUCAAAGCACAAAAACUACGAGUAGAAAUGAUAGAUGAGUUUGACAGUAUAUUCGCACUUCCAAAUGUUCUGACAGGAUCCAAUGGUGCCAAAAAUGGUGUUGAUAUUCUCCUUUCAUUGGCUGCGAUUAGCGAACCAACAACCUUAAAUGCUUACGAGACAGGAGACUCCCGAAGUCCGAUUAACUCUUACGUUAAUGAUAUUUUUACGACGCCAAUGUCCCUCGCUGGGCUUCCAAGCAUUUCAGUCCCAGCUGGAGAAUUGGACAAACCCAUUGGUGUCCAAAUCACAGGCCAAUACGGUGAUGAUCAGACAGUUAUCAAUGCAGUGAAAGAAUUGCUCUAA